AUGGCGCACCGAAUGGAUAGCGUGCCUGCAGAAGAUGCGCAUCGUAUAGAUGCCGCCGCCACGCGUGUGGUCCCAGGGGGAGGAGGCUGGCUGAACCGCAGGAACGAACUACUGGCGGCAAGCGACGAGGACUCUGUGGGAUGCGACGGCGGUGGCGGGAGAAGACUACCAGGUGUGGCUCCGGGCAGUGGCAAGAAGCGGGACGACGGAGUCACACAGAAGUGCCUUGAUGAGGGCAUUCACCCGAAGUGGUUCAGAGGACUACUGGGCCACUUGGAGAUUGCAGCUGCUUUGUUGUUUUGCAGAUGGCUGGAUAGCCAUGAUGAACUCUAUAUAGACUUCGUCGACGCCUGCAUCGACAACCGCGAAGUCUCCACCGCAGCAGGAGCCGGGCUGCACUCUCCAGCCUGGGAUAGCGCAAAUGCAACCAGCGCCGCUAGCGAAGCCGCUGAGGUGGCCGCAGAUCGCAGCGACUGGGAUGGGGAGACCCUGGACCUAGAACCUGAGUGGCUCGGCAAGUGCCGUGACUGUGGCCAGAAGACCUAUGUGGCUGCACAGUCCGCACUGAGGCAGCAUGGUGUGGCAGGCUGCCUGGAUGCGUCCUGCUGGGGCUGCCGUGGUCCCAGGUUUUGCAAGAACUUGAAACGAGCUAGCCAACUUGCGAAGUUCGACAAGGGCAAACCCUGGGAACAUGGCAGGGUCCAAGACUGCAAAAAAGCCAUGCCGGAAAAGUCGCGAAAAGCUGCAGCCUGCAGUGCAGACGGCUCAUGGGUAGAUGUGGAGCCUGCUCCGAAGCAGCAAAAACUUGGAGGACCGAGAGUGAAGUGGGUUGGUGACCUCGCCUUUGUCCAAAAGCCAGAUGACAAAAAAGUGUAUUGCGGCUAUACCCAGAUGGCCGUGGACAUGACUGAGAAGGUGCACUGCUUCACCGGCUGCAAGGGGGAAUGCGAGAACAAAUGGGAAUGCCCUUGCCCUUGCCAUGUUUUGCAACGUGCAUAUGAUGAGUCCUUGGCCGAAGCUGCCAGGGCACAGAUGGCAAAGCAGCAGUCUGAGGAUGUAAAGUAA